AGACUGGAUGGUGUACAAAGAUGGCCAGUGAAGGCCAUCCUGUCCAAGUGUGGGUCUUCCAGCCGGCAGGUCCAUGGCUGGCAGACCUGUGCUCCCCAGACGCCAGGAGGAGGAGUCUGCCCAAGAUCCCGGGCUGAAACUAUCACCGGUGCGACCCCCAGGCCGCCUGCCCAGCAUUGAUGAGGCCCGACCAGCAGGGCCAGGCCCGGCCUCCUGCCACGGCUGCGUGCUGGGCCUGGUCUCGUCCUUUUCACGCCGCAACUCACUGGCCGGACCAGGCCCGGGCCCGGGGGGUCGGCGACCGUCCCUGGGCCCAGUGCCUCCUCUAGGCUCGCGGCUCAGCUUCUCGGGGUUGCCGCUAGCGCCCGCCCGUCGCGCGGCGCCUUCAUACCGCACAGAGCCGGCGCCCGGGGAGCGCUGGGAGGCCGCGCGCGCACAGCGGGCCCUGGAGGCGGCACUGGCCGCGGGGCUGCGCGACGCGCGCUACUCGGGCGCCGAGGCCGGGCCGCUGGCGCGGGAGCUGUGCGAGCUGGUGCGCGUGCGCCUGCGCGAGCUCAGCCCGCCGCGCUACAAGCUGGUGUGCAGCGUGGUGCUGGGGCCGCGCGCCGGGCAGGGCGUGCGCGUGGUGAGCCGCGCGCUCUGGGACGCGGCGCGGGACGGGCUGGCCUCCGCCGCCGUCACCAACGCCUCGCUCUUCGCCGUGGCCAUGGUCCACGGGCUGUACUGCGAGUGAGGA